UUGAAUCAAUUACAGGUUGCUGUUGCAGAGGCGCAUUUGUGUGAGUGGCCGUGGAGCAGGACGGAGGUGCGCAGCACAAGCGAGAGGAUUACUAUUGCUUUACAACUGAGGACCCUUGGGCUGAUUAGAGUAUUUUACAAGAGCUUUGCCAUUCAUUUUGGCUGUUCUUUUAUCAAAGGGAGCAACCAAAAGGGAUUAAAAGCUGAGCACAAUCCAAGUGACCAUGGGGUUCCUGGAGACACAUCUCGUUUUGGGGAUUGUCUUACUAGGGGUAUUUUCAGAUGUUUCAAACCCUUGGCCGGUUAUUAAUUCCGAUAAAAAGGAAUUAAUUCUGACACCUCAUUCUGAGUUCACCAUCACUUGCUCCGGAGAUAGGAGAGUGACAUGGGUUGAGCCGUUACCGCGCAACAGUGAAGUGCAGUCUGGAUUUAAUCACAGUACUUUGGUGAUCACUGAUGCUGUGGCCUCUAACACAGGAUAUUACACCUGUUUGUAUGAGGAUCAACCUGAAAAAGACACUGAUAUCUAUGUUUUUGUUCUAGAUCCUGAGGUUCCGUUCGUGUCUGAACCUGCUGUUGAGACAGAUGAGGUGGGCACAAUUAUCCCCUGCCGUGCUACAAACCCACAUUCUCAAGUGAUUCUCAGAAACCUGCAGAGUGGGGAUGAGGUUUCUGUGCUUUACGACCCCAAACUGGGCUUUUUCGGUGUAUUAUCACCGGGUCACUAUGUCUGCGAGAUGAGCGUGAAUGGCAAAGCAGCGCACAGCAUCGUUUAUAAUGUGACAAAUGAUAAGGAUUAUAAAGAGAAGAGCUUCAGCAUACAGCUGAGAGCCAGUAUGGAGGACGUGAAAGAGGGGGAUGCUGUCAAUCUUACCUGCGAGACCCCUCCUGGGAAGGCUUUCCACCAGCAGUGGCUGCAUCCCCAAAAACAGGCCAGAGAUGCUGUUCCAAUGAAGUUAACAUUCCCAGACAAGGUUCAGUACAUCCUCAACAUCCCAAAAGCUUCUGUGGCAGACACUGGACGCUAUGAGUGUGCUGUAACCAACCAAUUAACUGGACAAACCGAGUCUCUCAUCCUGGGAAUCACAGUCCACGAGAGAUCUUUUGUAGAAGUAAUAUCUAAUGGCAUUGGGCCAGUGGUGGUUGUGUCGCUUCUGGAGGAAAAAGAGUUCACUAUUUACAUUGAUGCUGACCCUGAGCCAAAGGUCAGGUGGUUUAAAGAUGGCCUUCAGCUGGAUGACAGCUACAUCUCCACCAAGACCACUCAUCUGACAGGCCUCAGGUAUGAGAAUAUUCUGGUUCUCCGCCACCCCAUAGAGGAGGACAGUGGCGUCUAUGAGAUUGUUGCGUCCACUGGUUCCAGAACUUCAAGCUUUUCAUUCAAACUGCUAGUUGAAGCCAUGUACCCAGAGCUGCCACAGUCAGUGCUGGCUCCAGUGAUGUGGCCCCAGAGGGACAGCAUGGAGGUGUCUCUCCACUCCACUUUCAGACUCACAUGUCGAGGUCAGGCCGAGCUCUCCUGGCAUAGCCCUGUUUAUCUCCACGAUCAGAUCGACACUGCAAAAAAGGGACUCUUCAUCUCCACUGUGACUGUUGGCAAUGCGACAGCCGCCCAUACAGGAGAGUACAUCUGCUACUAUGACUCCAGCAACAACACUGAGGAGACUUCCAUCUAUAUUUAUGUGCCAGAUCCAGAAACGCCGUUUGUGCCAUCCAUGGCCCCUUUUGAAAACCAUGUGCUGACGAGUCAUGAUGAAAUGGAGAUUCCCUGCCGUGUGACAGACCCCAGCGCCAGCGUCUCUCUGAUUCACAUUGAGACCAAUCAGGUUCUGUCCAGUGUCUAUGACAGCAAGAGAGGAUUCAUUGGUCUCUUCAGUGCUGGGACGUAUGUCUGCAGGGCCCUCAUUAAUGGACAGAAGCAUGACAGCAUACAGUACAUCGUUCACGGCUGGGCAGGAGGGUCUGAUUUGCGAGUCGAGCUGCGAGCAGAGAAGACAGCUCUGCUGGUGGGUGAGACCAUCACUGUUGACUGUGUGGCCAGAGGAAGUGAGAUGCUGGAGGACCACUGGAAAUACCCUGGGAAACUGGCGGAUCGAGGAGUAAAGACCGUAAAGGAGAAUAAACGAGAUCUUGAAAUCUAUUAUACUCUGACAGUGACUAAUGCCUCACCGAAAGACAGCGGUGUCUACGCCUGCUCCAUUACGGAUAUUAUGAGCAAUGAGAGCCAAACCAAACAGCUCACUAUUACAGUCUAUGAUCGUGAGUUUGUGCGCAUAAAUCCAGUAACUGGUCCAGUGGAGACUGCUAGGCUGGACGAGGUGCGAGAGUUCAGGGUGGACAUACAGUCUUUCCCCGUCCCCAAAGUCAUAUGGUUAAAGGACGACUCGGUCCUGGGAGAUGUUGCUGCAGAGAUCACCACCAACCUCCUAAAAAUCGACGAGACAAGUUACCAGGGUGUGUUGACCCUGAUCAGGGCUAAAGCAGAGGACAGUGGGAACUAUACCAUCAGGGCAAAAACAGGCAGCCAGACUACCAGCAACAGUUUCUACCUUCAGGUUAAAGUCCCCCCUGUGAUUGUGGACCUGAUGGAUAUCCACCAUGGCUCUGCUGCAGGUCAGGAAGUGAUGUGUACUGCUGGCGGCUCCCCCACCCCUGACGUGGAAUGGUAUAUCUGCAAAAACAUUAAACACUGUGCCAACGAUUCCUCCCAGUGGAUGCCACUUCCGAUCAACUCUACGGACAUCACUGUGGAACUGCAAAUGGAUGUGGACAACAACAUUGAGAGUAAAGUCAUUUUCCACCAUCUUGAGAGCACAAUUGCUGUGCGCUGUCUGGCCAGGAAUGACAUGGGUGCUGUUUCACGAGAAGUUAAACUUGUGUCAAAUGGUCCGCACUCGGAGCUCACUGUGGCUGCUGCUGUUCUGGUGCUGCUGGUCAUUGUCAUCAUCUCACUCAUUGUGCUGGUCAUUAUCUGGAAACAGAAACCCCGUUAUGAGAUCAGAUGGCGUGUGAUUGAAUCGGUCAGUCCGGACGGUCACGAGUACAUCUAUGUCGAUCCCAUGCAGCUUCCAUAUGACUCCCGCUGGGAGUUCUCUCGGGAUUCACUUGUACUGGGUCGUGUCCUGGGCUCAGGAGCAUUUGGGAAAGUGGUGGAAGGCACUGCUUACGGACUCAGUCGUUCUCAACCUGUGAUGAAAGUGGCUGUGAAAAUGCUUAAACCAACAGCACGCUCCAGUGAGAAGCAGGCUUUGAUGUCAGAGCUAAAAAUUAUGACCCACCUGGGCCCUCACCUAAACAUCGUCAACCUUCUGGGAGCGUGCACCAAAUCAGGACCAAUCUACAUUAUCACAGAGUAUUGUUUCUAUGGAGACCUGGUGAAUUACUUGCAUAAGAACAGAGAUGGGUUUCUCAGCCGCCACACAGAAAAGGGCAAGAAAGAUCUAGACAUCUUUGGCAUUAACCCAGCCGAUGAGAGUAGCAGGAGCUACGUCAUCCUGUCUUUUGAGGGGAAAGGUGAUUAUAUGGACAUGAAGCAAGCAGACACCAUGCAGUACGUCCCCAUGCUGGAAAUGAGUGAAGCCUCAAAAUACUCACCCCUCCAUAGAUCAGACUACGACCAUCCUCCAUCUCAGAGACAGUUCAACGAGAGUGAAGUUGAGAAACUUCUCUCAGAUGACACCAAUGAAGGCCUGACAACAGUGGACCUCCUCAGUUUCACCUAUCAAGUAGCUCGAGGGAUGGAGUUCUUGGCCUCUAAGAACUGUGUACACAGAGACUUGGCUGCACGUAAUGUCCUGCUGUCUCAAGGCAAGAUAGUGAAGAUCUGUGACUUUGGACUGGCCAGAGACAUCAUGCACGAUAACAACUACGUCUCCAAAGGAAGUACUUUCCUUCCAGUAAAAUGGAUGGCCCCUGAGAGUAUUUUUGAUAACUUGUACACUACACUCAGUGACGUCUGGUCGUAUGGCAUCUUACUAUGGGAGAUCUUCUCGCUUGGAGGGACUCCUUAUCCAGGUAUGGUUGUGGAUUCCAACUUCUACAACAAGAUCAAGAGUGGAUACCGAAUGGCGAAACCCGAGCACGCUUCCAGUGAUGUCUAUGAGCUUAUGAUGAAGUGUUGGAACAGUGAACCAGAGAAGAGACCAUCUUUCCACAGCCUGAGUGAUACGGUGACCUCUCUGCUGCCCUCAGGAUAUAAGAGAUGCUACGAACGCGUGAAUCAUGACUUCCUGAAAAGCGAUCACCCCGCUGUGACUCGGGUGCAGUGCACUGACAAUGAUGAUGCGUACAUGGGUGGUCUCUACAAGAACCAGGGCAAACUAAAGGACCGCGAGAGCGGCUUUGAUGAACAGAGACUCAGCUCUGACAGCGGUUACAUCAUUCCUCUGCCGGACCUCGACCCACUGUCAAAUGAAGACUAUAGCAAAAGGAACCGCCACAGCUCUCAGACGUCGGAGGAAAGCGCAAUAGAGACAGGCUCUAGCAGCUCCAUGACGAAGCGUGAGGGAGAGACCCUGGAGGACAUCACCUUGCUGGACGAGAUGUGCUUGGACUCAGGAGAAAUGGUAGAGGAUAGUUUCCUGUGAGU